CCCGCUCUCCCGGCACCUUAGGGCAGGGGAAGGCUUUAAAACUGGGUUCGGGGCCCGGCUCCCUGCCGCUUCGGGCCUUGUCAUUUUUCGCCCGAAGGCCUCGGGCCUCGGACUCAACCGGUUUCUUGGUGACGUGACGGCGCUGAGGAGAGAGCGGCGCGCCGGUCAGCCAAGAGCCGCGCUUUCCCCAUCGCCGGUGUGUUGUUAAUACAAUACAUCUCAGAGAAAAGGCUUCCCCCACCGCAAGAUAUGUGGGAAAUCUCUCCAGGGAUGUGACGGAAGCCCUAAUUCUUCAACUUUUCAGUCAGAUUGGACCAUGCAAAAGCUGCAAAAUGAUUGUUGAGACUGGCAAUGAUCCAUAUUGCUUUGUGGAGUUCUAUGAACACCGGCAUGCAGCAGCAGCAUUAGCAGCUAUGAAUGGACGUAAAAUUAUGGGUAAGGAAGUUAAAGUGAACUGGGCAACAACCCCAAGUAGCCAGAAGAAAGACACAAGUAAUCAUUUCCAUGUAUUUGUUGGUGACUUGAGUCCAGAAAUUACCACAGAAGAUAUAAAAGCAGCUUUUGCACCAUUUGGAAGAAUAUCUGAUGCUAGAGUGGUCAAAGAUUUGGCGACUGGAAAAUCCAAAGGGUAUGGUUUUGUGUCCUUCUAUAAUAAGUGGGAUGCUGAGAAUGCCAUUCAACAGAUGGGUGGGCAGUGGCUUGGAGGAAGGCAGAUCAGAACAAAUUGGGCAACUCGGAAACCACCUGCACCAAAGAGUACAUCAGAACCAAAUACCAAACAGCUGUCCUAUGAAGAAGUUGUCAAUCAAUCCAGUCCCAGCAACUGUACUGUUUAUUGUGGUGGCAUAGCCGUUGGACUUACAGAGCAACUCAUGCGCCAGACAUUUUCACCCUUUGGACAAAUCAUGGAAAUCAGGGUGUUUCCUGAGAAAGGAUAUUCAUUUGUACGUUUUUCAUCACAUGAAAGUGCUGCACAUGCUAUUGUCUCAGUCAAUGGAACUACCAUAGAAGGACACAUUGUCAAAUGUUACUGGGGAAAGGAAACACCUGAUGGAAUGGGACAAUUUCAACAACAAAAUCAAAUGGGCUAUCCUCAACCCUGGAGCCAGUUUGGCCAGUGGUAUGGAAAUACUCAACAAUUUGGGCAGUACAUGCCUAAUGGCUGGCAAAUGCCACCAUAUGGAGUUUAUGGGCAAGCUUGGAAUCAACAAGGAUUCAGAAUGGAUCAGACACCAUCCACUGCUGCAUGGAUGGGUGCUAACUACGGAGUCCAGCCUCCACAAGGUCAAAGUCCCAGUGUGAUAACCAACCAAGCAGGAUUUGGCAUGGCAGGCUACCAAACCCAGUGAGCAGAAAGGACUCUCUCUUCCUACCUAUAGCCAGUGGUUUCCUGCCACAGUGGACACGUCAAGCCUUUGUUUACUUAAAGAUUUUUUUUCAAAGCCAGAUCAAUGAAAGAUGUCAACUGCAUUGUAUUUAUUUUAAAAGGAAAGCAAUUCAUUUUUAGAAAUCAUGGAAAUCUGUUGCAUCCUAGCUUCUGUCUAAAGGUGCUGGAUGUCUGCCAAUUUUUGUGUCCAGUUUUCUUUGAGAUGUUUCAAAACAAAAUUACAAUCUAUUUCCUAUGGCCAUUGGAGAGAAUAAAUAAAAGCAGGGAUUUCUAAGUGAUGCUGCCACUUUUGUAAAAUGAGGCAGACAAAUUGCACAAUAUUAGAUGCCGUGUUUCUAUGCAGACACUGGGCAGUUUAGUUUUGCAUUCCACAAAUUUGAUUUCAAACUGUAAAAUUAAAUAAUCCUAUGUUUUCCACAUUUCUAUUGUACAAGGCCAUACUUUGUAAAUGUAGGAGGUUGUUCAAAGAUACUAUGAUCCUUCAGAACAUGGAAAAAUUGUAGAGUCCCUUGAGCUCUCAGCAUGUACACAGCAUAGUUUAAAGCAAUGAAAUACUAUAGUAAAAUGUUUAUUUCUGUGUUCUUUUGUUAUUUUGAAGUAGCAUUUUAAUCAUUUGAUUAAAGAAACCAAGUAAAACUUAGUGAUGUUAUAAUGAAAGCACUUCUGGGUGUUGACUUGGAUGUGGGCUGUUCUCCCAGUAUCAUCUGAGGCAUCUGUCUUCUGGGAGCAUAGUUUCCUGAUCUUAGCAGUACAAGUAACCAUGAUGUUACACUUGGCACUGCAGAGCAUUUUCCUCAGGAGCUAGUUAAAACCGAAAUUUCCAGAUGUGAAAAUGAAGCAUAACUAUUGAUAGAAGGCAUUUUAGGGUAUCAGCUUGCUUCCAAAAUCUGAAUUUGAGUUUCCAUUUUAAAAUUAAUACAAAUUUUCCUUUUUUAAAAAUUAUAGCCACUGGCAAAAUAAAACUAGCACCAUUUCUGCCAAAUUGUGUUUGAUUGAAGGUGGUGGGUGCACAGGGAACCAGGACAAAGAAAAUCCUGAUGCACUCGGAUAUGUGGUUGUUACCUGUUUUUUUUUCCCCCCAGAAUAUGCAAUUUGCAUGUAAAGAUGAUUAAAAUAUUCACAACCUCCACCGUUAACACAUGGCAAUUCUACUUUGUUUUGUUUUGGUGUGUUUUUAAUUAUUUCAAGAGGCUGAUGGUAGGAAUCAUUUCACUGUCAUGGUUGACAACUGACGUGUUGGCUUGUUAACACUUCAGGCAGUUGACACAGCAGUGUCUUAAGGCUGCAUUUUAUUAUUGGAGAUUGUUGUGCAUCUCCGCCCAAAACAAAAGCCUGUGCACAUGAAUGGUAAUUGGGAGAGAAGGGUGGGAUUGGGGGGAUGGUGGGUGUGGGGUGGGAGGCAAAAUUUAAAUAUUGUCAGUGAUAUGCCAGUAUGGCAAUUGCACCACUGGCUUCUUAACCAGGUAGUUGUGGGUUCUGUUAUAUGGGUAGGUGUGCCCAGACGAUGCAACAAGCCCAUCUGCCACAGUUGAUAUGUUUUGUCUGUUCUUGGCUAAGUCACAAUUUGGAGCACCUCAAAAAAAAAAAGUAGUUUUUAAAAAAAAAUCUCUUGACGUGUCUCUUCGGAGGGUGUUCAGAAUGUAGUAUAUACUAGUGUAAAUGAUCAGUUAUGCUCGCAAUAUUGGCUGCAUAUGCAUAAGAGGUACUGUAAAUGUAUUUUAUUGCAUAUCAGUUGUACAUUGGUUUUAAAAUGCUCUUUCCUAGGUUUCCGGGGGGAAAUUUGUGUUUUCCACCUAUAGUCUCCCAGACAGCAUAAUGUCUUGGAAGGCCUUCCAGUUGAAAUUUUCUGCAGUCACAAAACUGAGAAGACUGCCAACCUCACAAGCUUUCUUUAAUAUCGUCUUAAUGUGAUUGUCAUGUUUGCCUGGGCUUCUGGAUCAAAUUGGGCUGUGCCAAUUCUACUGACUUAAACAUUUUAAUUGAUUAAACUUGAGACAACUGACUUAUCAUUAAAUCAAUUGGUACACGUUUGGUUGGUGUACCAACAGGAUCUGGUCAUUCUGAUCCUUUUCUGUAGAAUACUUAUGGUUGCAGCAUUAAAUCAAAUGUGAAAAUGCUUUCUCUUUAAAAUUUUUUUCACAUGACAACUUGUGGAUGUAUUGGUCGGACAAAAUAGUAUCUGGGCCAUCAGUGACAUGCCCCAAGAUGAAAUGAUUGCAAAUUUUUGCCGUAAUAACUCUUUGCACAUUUAAAUGGGUUAAUGUUUGUUUUAAUCUGUUGGACUGUUUAGCAAGUCUUUUUUCUAAUACUGCAUUUAGUUACCAAAAUGCAAAGCUCGUUGGCACAGCCCCAGGAGUUCAAGCAAAUUGUUCUUGGAGUGGUGUGAUGCACUGCAGAUUUACCGUACAGAACUGCUGGAUCAUUUUAUAUUUAAAGUCCCAAACUAGAAAGCGCUGGAAACUGUAUCCCUUUUGUUAACGUACAAGGACUGGCACUUGGAAAAUACAAUGUCAAAUUCUGUUAAAUCUUAUGCUUUCAUUUGGUUAAAUAUUUGAUGUGGAACUUUGACUUUUUGCUUUCACCUGUAUUAAAGUUCAUUGGAUGUUGAAGCAGUUGAAACAAAUGGAACAGAGGUCUUUCCAAGGUGGUAGUAUUUGUUUCAAUAUCAUGUGUUCGUUUUGGGUCCCUUCCCCUCCCCAUCCCACCCUCCAAAUUUCUCCCCACUUGCAUAUGUCCCACCUGCCAAGAUUGGGUAUCAGAAGGUGGGACAUUUAGUGGAUUGGGGCAACUUUUGUCUGCACUUGCAGAUUCCGUGCUGUAUUCUGGGAGGGGUUGGUGGGAUGGGGAUUGUAGUAUAUCUGUAUCCAGCAGCUUCCCUGGUCAUCAUUGGAACGGGUGACAGACUAACCUGUAGAUACAGGCACUGUGGAAUGAGCAACAGUUGGGUAAGCGGGUUUUCAGACUGAGAAGUUGUGAGAAUAAAUGCAGGCUAAACAGGCCAUAAAGGGAUAAAGUCUCUAUUUUCUGUUUAAACUGCAUCAGCAUUAAAAUAAAACUUCACCUCAGGGGAUAUCUAUUCCAGGCAAAAAUCACAUGAACUAGGUUUGUGAAGGACCAAUUGACUUGCAUUCGGGUUUGUUAACUGCACGACCUUGUUGGUAUUAAAACUGUAGCAGUUAUUAACGGUCAAUAAAUAAAAUGGUCAUUGGGCCAUCGUACUGAA